AUGAAUAUUUUGUCCAUCCAUAUUUACUCCUUUAUCGCUUGUCUUUUAUUAUGUAAUAUAAAUCAGGUGUUUACGCUUAAUGCGUUGAAUUAUAAUAACGCUAACCUUUAUAAGAAUUUCUCUUUUUCCAUCCCUUUAUACAACAAUUUAUUUCAAGAAAAAAGCACUUGUAAAAAAAGGAAACAAUUAUUACAUAUUAAAUCAAAGGGAAGUACAUAUAAUGAGUGUUCCAUGAACCGUGAUGCACAUUUUAAGUUAAAUAAAAGCAAUAAAAACGUAAGAAAAAGAAUUGGAAAUAUUCCAAAUGUAUUAAUAAAAGAAGAAGAAGAAAAAAAAAAAGGAAGACAUGUAAUAUAUAAUACGAAAGAAUCAUACAAUGAAAACUCUAGAAAUAAGGAAGAAAAAAAUAUAAUUAUAAAUGAAAAUGGUGAUAAUUCUUUUUAUGAGGGAGAUGAUAUAGAGGAAGAUUUAUUUAAUUCAAACAUGAACAUUUUAGAAAGUGAAAAAAAAUAUAGUAGACAAAUAUAUACACACGGAUAUAAUGAAGAGAAAAAAAUUAGAGGAAGUAAAAUUAUUAUUAUUGGAUUAAAUGGAAUAAGUUGUGAAAUAUGUAAAAAUCUAAGUUUGUGUGGUGUUCGUGAAAUAGGUAUUUAUGAUAAUAAUCUUUUAACAUACGAAGAUAUUGAUAAUCUUUAUUUAUGUAAUAAAAAAUUAGUAAAUAAACAAAUAAAAAGUAUAUCUUGUGUAGAUAAUAUACAAAAAUUAAAUGAAAAUUGUAAAAUAAAAGCUAUAACUACUAAUGUAUAUGAUAAUAUUUUAAAUUAUGAUAUUGUCGUUACAGUAAAUCAAAAAACAGAUUUCAACAUAAAAUUAAACAAUUAUUGUAGGAAAAAUAAAAAAAAAUUUAUAUGUGUUAAUACAUGUGGUUUAUUUGGUAGAGUAUUCAUUGAUUAUGGUGAUUUUUAUUAUACAAAUAAUAUUGAUACUAAUACGACAUAUGAUAAUCAUAACAAUACUAUUAGUGAUUUGUACAAAAUUAAUAAUCUUGAAUUUCUCAAAAAUAAUACGAUUGUCUUAUCAUAUUUACCUUUUUAUAAUAUGCAAUUAAAUAAAGGUGAUAAAGUAAAAUUACUCCUAAAUAAUAAUUCAGGAAAAAAACUACAAUUAGACAAUUUUAUCAUUGAUCAUAUAUGUAGAAAAAAUCAUAAAAUUUAUUUAUCUAUUUCAAAAAAUAAAUGUAAUAAUCCAAUUUCUAAAAUAUUUAAUCACAUAUUUCAACCAUUCUUUACGAAUCGAUUCUUUCCUUAUUUUUUCAAUUCUUUUUUAUACAUAUAUUCUUUGAAUUUAAUAUCAUAUGUAUUCAAAUUUAAAAAAAACAAAUUCUUAUAUAAUAAUUAUUCUCAUCUUUAUUAUAUUAAAAAAUUUGUUCAGGAAAAUAAAUUAAAUUAUUCCAUCAGUUUGAUAAAAUCACCUGAACAGUUCAGGUUGAAAUAUAUAAGUUUAGAGGAAUAUAUGAAAGAGCGAAAAAAAAAAACCAAAAUAUAUAAUAUAUAUAAUGUGUAUAAUAUAUAUAAUGUGUAUAAUAUAUAUAAUAUAUAUAUAUAUAUAUAUAUAAUAAAGAAUAUAUUAAAAUUAAUAAAAGAAAAUAUAGGAUAUGUAUUAAAAUAUAUAUAUAGAAAAUUAUAUGGAAUAAGAAAAAAUGAGUAUGAAUAUAAAAAUGUGGAUAAAUUAAAUGAUGAAGAAAUUUGUUUUAUGAUAUAUGAUGAAAUAAUGAAAAAUAAGAAUAAUAAAGAAUUAUUAGAUGAUGAUAUAAAGAAAUUUACAUAUUUAUGUAAGAAAGAAAAGAAAGAUAUUAGUAAUGAAAUAAUAAAUCAAUUUUGUUCAUGUGCUCAUAUUGAAUUAUCUCCUUUUUCAUUUUUCUGGGGUGCAUUAUUAUCACAACAAAUAUUGAAAGGUAUAACACAUAAAUUUAAACCUAUACAUCAGAUGUUUUAUUAUGAUAGGAGAGAUUUGUUUCCUUUUUCUAAUAUAUCGAAAAUGUAUUAUGGAAAGUAUAUGCAUGAAAAAAAUUUUUUUGGUGAUGAAUUUCAUAAAUUCUUAAAAAAAUUAAAUAUUUUAUUGAUUGGAUCAGGUGCUUUAGGUUGUGAGUUUUUAAAACUGUUGGCUAUAUCUGGUGUUUCAUCCAAUAUGCAUAAAAAAGAAAAUCAUAUACAUAAUAAUAAACAAAAUAACCAUUUUAAUAAUAUAAAGAAUAUGGAUAAAUUAAAUAAUACUUCUAAUUUAUUACAUACAAAUCAAAAUACAAAUGUAUAUCUUCCAAGUAAUAUUGAAAAAAAAAACAAUCAUGUCAUAUUACAAAAUAAACAAAACAAUAUACAAGGUUGUAUUCAGGUUGUUGAUUAUGAUUAUAUUGAAGAAUCGAACUUGUCUAGACAAUUUUUAUUUAGAACAAAAGACAUUAAUAAAUUAAAAUGUCAAAUUGCUUGUGAAAAUAUUAAAAUGAUAAAUGAAGAUAUAAAUUGUGAUUUUUUAAAAAUGAAAGUUGAUGAUAAUACUAUCUUUGAUAAUAAAGAUGUGUUAUUAAAAAGAUACUCUCUUUUUACAAAUAAAAAGAAUGAGAUUGUUGAAAAAGAAAAAACAAAAAAUAUACCUGAGAAUCCUCUUAUAUGUAUCUUAUGUCUAGACAAUUUAAAAAGUCGUAUAUUAAUGGAUAAAUUUUGUUUAUUAAAUUCAAUACCUCUAAUUGAAUCUGGAAUCGAAGGUUUAAAAGCAAGUAGUCAAGUGGUGUAUCCAUUUUGUAGCGAAACCUAUUCUAGUGAUAGUAAUAAUAAUACAUCAUCAAGUAAUUUAUAUGAUGAAGAAAAAAGUAAUUCUUGUACAAUAACAUCCUUUCCAAGAAAUCAUAAACAUAUAAUUGAAUUUGCUAAGAGUGUAUAUAAUAAUAUAUUUUAUGAGAAUGUUGUAAAAAUGAAUAAAUUUAUAAAUGAUCCUUUAUAUUUUCUAGGAGAGUUAUGUAAAUAUGAAAACAUUUUAGAUGUUAAUAAUAUAUUACAUUUCUUUAAACUAACUAAAUUGUUUUUUCAUUUUAAUUUACAUAAUAAUAUACAAACAUUAUGGAAUAGUAUUUUUGUUCAUAAUAUUUUAAAUUUAGUCAAAAAUAGUAAGCAAGAGGAAAUAGUAAAAUAUUUUGAUAGUUUAAAUAAAUUACCUCAACCAAUAUAUUUUAAUAAAGAUAAUAAAUAUCAUAUUCAUUUUUUUAAAUAUGCAAUGAAUAAUUAUAAAAAGGUUUUUAAAAAAUUUAUGAAAAUUAAAGAGCAGAUGAGUGAAGAUAUAUUUUAUUAUAAAAAAAAAGAUUUGCUUUUUACUAAUCAACAAGCUGAUUCAUCAUCUUUGUCAUUUGAAAAGGUUAUAACAAACUUGAUUGAGAAAAAUAAUAUACAUAUGGAUGUAAGAAAAAUUUUUUAUUUUCUGGAUGUAAUAAAAAAAAAUGCAACUAUAAAAUUGUAUGAAUUAUUGAAAAAGGAGUUACUUGAAUUAUUUAACAACCCUCUUUUUUUGUUAUCGUUAAAGUAUGUACAAAAUAAAAAGUUGGCUGUAAAUAUAAUGCGUGACAAAACAAAGUUACGUUCUACGUUGAACUCAAACGAUAAGUUGGAUCACCAUAAUAUUGUAGGAAUGGUGGAAGAAAAUACGAUUAAAAGGAAUAUCCCUGACAAUAUAUCUAAUAAAAAAAAAAAUAAUAAAAAAAAAAAUAAUAAAAAAAAAAAUAAUAACAAAAAUAAUAAUAGCAACAAUAAUUACAAUAAUUACAAUAAUUACAACAAUUACAAUAAUUACAAUAAUUACAAUAAUUACAAUAAUAAUAAUGUCGAUGUUGAUCUGUUUUGCCCUCUUAUAUACAAUCUAGAAAGUAAUAAGGAUGACAUUAAUUUUAUUUAUAGUGUAACCAACAUAAGAUGCGAAAAUUAUAAUUUCAAAAAAUUAAAUAUGUUUGACUUUUUGAAAAUAAGCAACAAUAUCAUUCCAUCUAUUGUUACUAUAGUGUCUAUGAUAUCAGCUUUGGCUUUCUUAGAAAUGUACAAAAUUGUGUUUUUCUUACAUAAUAAAAAUAAAAAAUGGAAAAAUAUCUCUACUUCAUAUGAACACAAAUAUAAUGUUCAUGAGCAAGGGUUAUCAACAGAUUUGAACACAAAAAAAUCGGACCAUAAAAGUGAAUUGAAAAACGUAUUACCACAUGAUAAAUCAAAUCUUAAUAUUAAUAAUAAUUCUACUGAGAGUAACAGAAGUUGUAGUAAUAGGAACACCAUAGAAAUGUUACCAUAUAAAAAAUUAAAUAUUUAUAUAUAUAACAACCAAAUAAUUGUAAGAAAUAAUGAUAAUAAAAAUUUAUUUUAUUUUUUUAAGGCUCAUUAUGAAAAAUUAAAAGAAAAAUCAAAAGUAAUAUAUAAUCAAUAUGUAAAUUUAGAAGAUGAUUUUAUUACCAUAUCGGAAUUAAAAAAUGUAGAUAUAUGGACAUAUGACAAUCCUAUAUUUCUAAAGAAAAAUAUUUUUUUUUCUAUCUGGAAUUAUUUAUAUAUAGAUAUAUUUUGUAAAAAUAAAAAUGUGGGAAAAGAUACUUGUCCUUUAGGAUGUUCUGGGAUAAGUCCUUCACAUCUUCUAGAUAAUAAUAAUGAUAAUAAUAAUAAUAAUAAUAUAUAUUAUAAUAGUUUUAAUAUUUUAUCUAAAGAAAAACAAAACAAUUUGAAGAUAUAUAUAAAUAAAAUAAAUGAACAUAUUGAAUAUAUCUUGAAUUUAAUUAAAAAUUAUAAAGAAAAGAAAAAUUAUGAAAACAAUAAAAUGUAUAAUAAUAAGGAAGAAUCAUAUAAUGUACUUGUUAGCAUGCUAAAGAAGAUUUGUGAUGAAUAUAUUAAUGUAAUCAUAAAUAAUAUUGAUAUAUUAUCUUCUUAUGUAAAUAAGAAAAAGAAAAACAUUAAAGAAAAUAAAACCACAUUUGAUGAUACGCUUCAAUUUGUUUUACAUAUCAAGAAAACUUUGUGUAAUAUAAAAGAUAAAAUAGAGAGUAUAAACAAAAAUAACGUAAACCCAAAUAUAAAUAUAAAAAAUAAUGAUCAUAAUAAAAAUAAUAGUGAUAAUAUAACAAAACGUCAUAAUAAGGAUGAAAGAGAACCACGUAUUAGUAAUAUCCUGUUCAUGUUAAAUAAUAUUAAAAAAGAAAUAGAAAAUGUAAAAGAAAAUAUUCUUAUAUAUAUUGAUAAAAAUAAUUUAGAUGUGAAUACAUAUACAAAUAAUAUAACAUUAAACGAAUUAGUAGAAUCUAUUGAAAUUGUUUUUAAUGUAAAUAUUCAAACAAUUUGUGUACAGGACAAAAUUAUUUAUUCUAAGUUUAAUAUCCCUUCAUUUAAACUGUAUAACAAUAAAUAUUUAUAUGAUAUUCUUUGUGAUCUAUUUAAGAAGGAUAAAAAGUUUCAAGGACGGGAAUUACCAAGAACCUUUAUUCUGAGCAUAUAUGCAUAUGAUAAGUUGACGAAUAAGGAGGUAGUUCUUCCUGAUGUACAGGUUAAUGUUCAUAAUCACGCGGAUGGGUGA